AUGUUGCAUUUCGUCAGAAUAGAAACAUGCGCGUACGAAUUUGAUCCGAUUACCAAUAGAAACCAUAUUUCGGACAUUACAAUCGACCAAGGUAGCCUCGAGAACACCGGAAGUGCGACUGCAAAUGUAAACAUCGAUCAUAUCAUCAUCGCUCAUACAUCAAUGCACUGGAAGAAGCCUAGAAUAUGCCUUGAGCGCCACAAGUGA